AUGAAGGUCGACCUAGAUCAUCGAGAGAAGCGCAAGUACUGUCAGUUUCAUCGUGAUCACGACCACAAUAUAAGUGAUUGUGUGGAUCUCAAAGAUGAAAUCGAAACCCUUAUUCGUAAGGGUCAUCUGCGCCGAUACACUAAAGAGGAAAGAACAACUCGGAGACAAGAGCAAGCGAGCAAGGCUGCAAAAGAACCGACUGAGAUCCGAAUCAUUUUUGGUGGUUCAUCCAAUGGAGGGGACUCGAACAGGGCCCGUAAAUCCCAUUCCUGGAAAUCAGAUCCAGAGCACUACGUCCACAUGGCCGAGAGGCCGAGGAAAGAGCUCGGAGUCGGUCCUUGCAGUCUAACCUUCACGGAAGAUGAUGCGCGCGGAAUUCAACAUCCACAUGACGAUGCCUUAGUGGUAACUAUGGUCAUAGUCAAUCAUAAGGUGUACCCCAUCCUGGUCGACAUUGGGAGUUCAAUCGAUAUUAUCUACUCAGAGGCCUUCGAAAGAAUGGAAAUUCCAAGGUCACGCCUCAAACAUGUGAAGACUCCCCUGUAUGGCUUUGCCAGAAAAAGAGUGAUCUUCGAAGGAGCCAUCUCCCUCCCUAUGACUGCGGGAAAAGGACGACAUCAAGUUACCCUCCAGGUGGACUUCCUUAUCAUUAAUGUGCCAUCAGUAUAUAACGUCAUUCUGGGCAAACCUUCUCUCAACGCAAUGAGGGCAGUCGUGUCCACAUACCAUCUGAUGAUGAAGAUCCCCACCAAAAGCGGAAUUGGUUAUCUCUGA